UUCCGUAAACCGUCAGUCUUGUGCCGUAAACCCUGUUUUGUGUCAAUAGCAGUGCAAAAUGUCAAAAGUAUUAUUUUUAUUGAAAUCAUAACAAAUGCUUAUUAUAAGCCGAAAAUUAUAAUUAAAUGAAGAAUAUGAUGAAAAACGAGCAUAUUCAACACUUUUAUGCUGAAGUUUAACUUUACACACAAAACGAUAAUCAUGGAAGAAAAUUGCGAGAUGUCCUUUCAUUGUGCUGAAUUGAGUACGACAAUGUUCCAGAAACUAUUUGAACAGAAAAAAGCCAGUAGAUUUUGCGACAUCACUCUUUUUGUAAACAACAAAGUCAUUAAGGCACAUCGUAAUGUUCUGGCCUGCAGUUCGCCUUAUUUUGACUCUAUCCUCAAACACCACAAGAUUACUAGAGAGCAGCUCACAAUAUCUUGCUUAGACAGCAGCAUUUUCAAUUCUUUAUUAAACUUUAUGUAUACUGGGGACAUAACAAUAGGCUAUUCUAAUGUUGAAGAGUUAUUAAAAUUAGCUGAUCAUUUUAUACUAACCAAAGUUAUAGAAUACUGUAUAGAGUUCUUAAGUGCUAAACUACAACUAGAUAACUGUCUUUUUACAUAUACUUUAACUCAAAGGUUUAAGUUGAAACACUUGGGGACUGUUGUUGAAAACUGGAUUUCUAGUCAUAUUGAAGAUGUUUGUAAGGGAGAUGAGAUUCUUGAACUGAGUCAUAAUAAAUUAGCAAAUUUUCUUAAAAAUAAGAAUUUUGCCUUAACUACUGGCAAGUCACUGAACAUAUUAUCUCAAUGGGUUCUGAACGAUUUAGAUAAGAGAGAAAAAUAUUUUGAAAGUCUUUUGAAAUACUUCCCACCUGAUAGUUUGGACUCGGGAGAAGUUUUUAAGCAUCUUGAAACAUCUAUAUUAUAUGCCAAAAGUGAACUAUGUCUUUAUACAUUCCUUGAUUAUCUGCCAAGAGACAACUGGACAUUCACAAACUUCAAAACAAGAUAUGAUGUAUUGCAAGCAAAAUAUGGACAGGUCCAAUCAGAUGAAAAGGAGUCUGAAGCAGAUUCUGAUGAUCACAAAAUAGUGGUCACAGAAAAAAUUGUCGCUAGUCCGCCAAAUUGUGCAGGUAAUGGAGUCACAGUGAAAACAAAGUUGAAAAAUCAGAAGCAAAUGAUUUUGAAGAAACUUAUGUUACUAGGUUUGAAACCUAGUUUGAGAAUGGCUGCCUUAAGAGUUUUAACUUGUAAAAAGAAACGUAUCACUAUGCCAGCAGAAAAUGGGAAUCAUUCUGAGGAAGCUGAAGAUUCUGAUGAAAAAGUUGGUAUAAAGUGUCCAAUAUGCUUCAACCACAUUAAUGACAGUCUUCUACUAGAACAACACUUAGCCUUGAGUCAUGCCAAAGAUGUCACAUAUAAAUGUGGACUAUGUUCGUUUGUCUGUCAGUAUCACGGGGACUAUUUGAAUCAUAUGAAGAUGCAUUUUUCUGGGCCACCCUUCAAGUGUGAUUUUUGUGACUAUACAUCUGAUCAGAUCUCAAAGUUGAUAUCCCAUCGAGCACACCAUCUAGAAGAAAACAUCUACCAAUGCACAUUUUGCUCUUUCAAAUGUCGCCAGAAGCAGAACUACAUCUCGCACAUGAAACUUCACACGCCCGAGAAAACUUACAAAUGCGAUCAAUGUUCGAAGGAGUUCAGGUUCAAACAGAACUUGGACAGCCACAUGAUGAACCACAAUGCCGAUAAGAAUCUUGUGUGCGACGCGUGCGGGUUUCAUACGAAGUUUCUCAGUCAUAUGAUCGCACAUAAGAGGAUACAUGCAGGCGAUAUAUAUAGGUGUUCGUAUCCUCAUUGUAAGUACACAACAUCAAAGAAAAGCCAGUUAGCUACCCAUGCAAAAACGCAUAAUGGUAUAAGACCACAUUCAUGCAGUGUUUGCGGCAGGGGUUUCAUGGAAAAAUCGCAUUUGGUCAGACAUGAAAGGAUACAUUUAGAAGAGAAACCUUUUAAGUGCUCAAACUGCGAUUACGCGAGCUCCAGGAGGGAUAAAUUAAAAGAGCACUUCACAAGACAUCAUGGCGAAAAUGCUUCUGCUAAAGUACCUUACAAGGCGAGACCAUUAAGAAAUUGCAGUGCCACCAAUGGUAGUAGUACUAAGUCAAAAUCACAGAUGUCACAUGAAAAUUCGCCAUCUUCCAGCACUAACAAUGGUACGUUUAGUCAGUCGAAUAGCAGUACUCCAGUUAGUCAAGCUAUAAGCAGUGAAAUUCAGGAGCUGAUUAUGCAUCAUCAGAAUCAUUCUGCCACAGCAACCAACUUGACAACAGUAAAUUCCUCCUAUCCACCAUUUACAAGCGGUGCAACAUCAAGUGGCAGUGGUGGUGAUCCAACCGAUUUUUCCCAUCACCAUCCGGCGCAUGCGCAUCAUGCCCAUCAUCAUCCUGCGCACGCUCAUCACAACGCCGCUGCAACAGCAACUGCGGCGGCAGCGGCUGCCGCGGCAGCAGCUAGUUUGCAUAAUCAAAUUCUGUCGGGAAGCCAUGCUGCAAGAGGUGCUGCUGGAGGUAGCGUAGGUAGUGUUGCCAGCCAUUUGGGGGCAGCCAGUCACCCAGCACUGUCCAGAGGCCAAACUGCGACCUCUACUGCAGCUGCGGUCGCUGCAGCUGCCAUGAUGCUGGAUCCAAGGUUCCAUCAUAACUCUUCCGUGCCAUAUCACCCGUCGGCAACACCAGUUUCCAUGGCAAUGGCGGCUGUGCAGUCAUCUCAACAAAUACAGUCCGCAGGCCAGCCUAGUGAAUAUCCCCCGACGCUGCAAAAUUGCAUGACCCUUUUCUAGUCAUAUUGUGGUUGUUUUAUUUAUUGAUUAUUUAUUCGUGCAAUAUCUGUUUUUAUACACACUUAAGCGACCUAUUUAUAUACAUUUUGUUAUCUAUGCUUAGGUAAGGAAAACUAGUUGAUGCUCCUUUCAUAGUUGAAACCAUUUUUUAUUAUGAGGAAUCUGUAGUCCGUUAAAACAAUUAGUUUAGCAGUCGGAAAACAUGGAAUUCUGCCAGCAAGAAAUCCUACUUUUGAGAUUACUCCCCUAUUAGAGUAUAUGUAAAUUCUGAGUUCAAAAGCUUUAUAUAUUUAUAAACGGAAUUUACUAAAACUGUGAAAAGGAGUACUAAAUUAUAUACCCGUAAUAGUUAAAAGGAAUGAGAGGUUGUCAUUUGUAAUUUAUUAAUAACCUUUAC